GUUACUACUAGUAAGGCACUUGUUACUAGAAGCGAUGCACCUGUGCGAUGCACUUGUUACUGGGAUCGUGGGAUGCAUACCAUCAUGGAUGUGGAAAAAGAAGCAUCAAGACGUCUUGGAUGCCGCACUUCGCAGCACACACCACUCAACUCAUGCUCAUCUCAUUAGCAUAGGCAUAUUCCAAUACACUCCGACGAACACAUCACAUGGAAGUGGAUGGCAUGGUCACAUGGUCCUGAAAGGAAGACGACUUUCCUUUACAAACCGGGGGUGUUGGUCUCCACGUCACCAUUGUGGACGUGUUCAUGGUACCGUGGUACCGAUCAGGUUUGGGGAUCCGAUUUCGGCAAAGACCAUGGAAGAAAAAACACUAAUUGGCCACAAAGACCUGGUGGCCUGCCCCAAAAGAUGUUUAAACAAUCAAGCUUCAGGCAAGUGGCUCGAGCCAGAAAUUGUCUCCUUCCAGCCGCGCGACACGCUUCCAGCGCCGCCCAAAGCCCAUCGUCCCACGUCAAGAUGGGCAUGAACCAUAUCACCGAGCCGAUCUACGUGGACCAGCACUUCGAAAGAGGUUUUCCUCUACCACCACAAGCCAUGUGCUGCUGCCCGUGCAUGAUGCUGUGUGUGCCAAAGAUCCGCGGCAUCUUGAAGGGCUCUCAGCCAUUGCCUGCAGAUGAGCAAAAGGCACUGCUGGAGCAAAUGGCCGGAAACUGGAAGAUUCAGCCCUUGGAUGGUGGCAAAGGGACCUUCCAGUACGAGGAUGCGAUGGUGCGGGACAACUACUACGUGCUGACUGGAGGGCAAAGGAAUCGCGGCCAUGGCAAGGACCGCCAUGCCGUUGCCAAUGCGCCGAUGAAGGAGCAGUUCCACUUCUACCGCGGACCCAACGGGGAGCUCUACAUCGACAACAUCGGAAGCAUGAUCACCAAACUGGACUUUGCCAACGGCGAGAUUGAGAUGAACAAUGGUAUCGGCUUUGUUUUGCUUUGGCAACGUGGAUGGAAGCGUGAUGGUCUGCCACCACCUCAGCAGCAGCAAAUGGCGGCUCCGGCUGCGGUAGCGACACCUGUGGUGGCUGCAACUGUAGUGGGUGCAGAGGCUGCUGCUGCACCCACUCAACAAGCCUGAGCGAGAAGGAACACGGUCACCACGCACCACGAGAAUGGAGUGAGCUUGACCUGCACAGCCUUGACAGUUUUCACGAGCGUGGCGCCAAGCGCCAGUGCAUCUUUUGGGGUGUGUCAGGGGAUGCUCUCGACUGUGUCCUCCUCUUAAAAGAUGGAGAGACAAAAAGUGACUGCCAUGCGUGGAAAUGGACAAA